AUGGAUUUUGAUGAUGUUCUGAAAUAUGUUGAUGAAUUCGGACCUUUCCAACAAAGAGUAUACUUUCUACUUUGCUUGUUCUGUAUUUCUCAUGGUACUAGGGUAGUUGUGUUGGUUUUUAUACUUAGUGUACCAAACCACAGGUAAAAAAUAAUGGAUUCCAAUAGACAGGUGUUUGGCUACCUAUUUGCUCAUGACACACUGAUUUAAUUGUUACCUCUACAUUACAUUUUAUGCAUGUUAUUCCUACAGUGCUGUUAUAAAGUGUACUCUCAAUGAUGUCUUUCAUCUCAUUCCCACUAGCUUAUAGCAGCGUCCUUUAGCAAAUAGGUAGUAAAUCACUGUAUAAAAUCAUUUAAACUUAAGUUAGCUUCUAAACAAAUUUUGUUUUACUUAAAUGUGAUUAUAGUGGAAGGAGGGAAAGGGUUAAUACACUUCUGUAUGUUAUCCAUGCAAUAAUUUUGAAAUUUUAAAAAAUAUUUGGAUGCAUUUUUGAUGCCAUUAAAUUAAACCGUAAAUUUAAAAAAUUAACAAUUGUAUGUCUUAUUGGUUAAAUAAGGAUUUCAAUGUCUCAGCUCAUUUAGGAAUUAAAUUAAAAUUUUAAAAACGUAUAAUAUUAAAAAUUAUGAAAUGCAAAUGUAAACCAUUCCAUUUUUUUUCUCUUCUGUAGAUGUUCCAUACCUGGCUAUGUGAAUGAUUCAUAUGACAUUACCUCCCCUGAACACCAGCUAGAACUGAAAAAGUCCAUACCUGCCAAUGAUUCAUGCCACAUAUACCUCCCAAGCCAUCACAAUAACAGCACACAUCCCACUAACCCCAUCAAACAAAAGUGCAGCCAUUGGGUCUAUGACAAGUCUGAGUUUACAAGCACUGUGGCUAGUGAAGUAAAAACUUAAAAGAGUUCAUUUCAUUGUUAAAAAGACAACAAAUAUUUGUAUUGUCUAUUAUACACAUAGGGUUAUUAUGUAAUUCAAACCAGGUGUCUGUUUUGCUAAAAAAAAAAAUCAUGACAUUCUCCUUUCUGCUACUACUACAUUCAGUAUCCCGCAUUCUUUUAUUUUUUUGUUUUAAAUCAAUUUGUACAAAAAACAAGCAUUCAUUUUUUAAACCAUUAUAUAUUAAUAAAAAAAAAAUUGCUCUAUGCAAACUUACAGGCAUAGGCAACAAAUUGUUUCACAACUUAGUUGUAUUUGUAUGUAAAAAAAAAUAUUUAAUACCCAGAAAAAAAAUCAGGUCUACAUAAUAAAGACACAAUGUACUUCUCUGUUUUUUUUAAAGUUUAACCUAGUUUGUGAUGAUGCUUCAGAAACCAC